AUUUUGCUAGCUAUAUUUCUUAGACAUUUAUUGAUUAUAUUUUGCUGUGUGUUAUGGAGCUUAUUUAGCCCAAAAUUACAAAUGACCAUGCAAAGAACCGAAGGGUGCGGGGGCCGGGAAGAAGCCUUUCCUAUCUUCAUGUACAACCACACCAAACAAAUAGCUUAGCACUUCUAAACAUAGCAGCUCGUGGUAAUCUGGUUUUGGUAGGAGGCUUGCUUUAGUGUCCACCUCAUGUGUGUAUGUAUACAAGCCCAUGGCAUGAGAGGAGAAGCCAUAGGUCAACUUGAAUCUUGUUCAAAAAUUCUUUUCAAGUCUUAGGUAGGUCACUGUUGGUGCCACCUUCUUGAGAAGUUUAUGAUCUGCAUGUUCACCUAAGAUAUCCAGUCAAGUGCUAAAAAGGUCACAAAAAUGGGAGGCAGAAAGGACAAUCAUGACUCCUCAAAUGCCGACAAAGGGUUCCAUGGAGCGUAUCCAAGCGGUUACCCUGGUGCAUAUCCCCUAAUGCAAGGAUACCCUAAUUCACCUGGACAAUAUCCGACUCCCGGUGGAUACCCUAGUGCACCACCGGGACAAUACCCACCAGCCGGUGGGUACCCUGGUGCACAAUAUCCACCAAGCGGUUACCCUCCAUCACAAGGUGGGUACCCUCCAGGAGCGUAUCCACCAUCAGGAUAUCCACAACAACCAGGCUACCCGCCAGCUGGUUACCCAGGUCAUGGCCAUGGUCCACCCAUGCAAGGUGGUGGUAUGUUAGGAGGUGGGCAUGGUGCAGGCGCAUCUGGCUAUGGAGCGCUGCUCGCCGGAGGCGCCGCGGUGGCGGCUGCUGCGGUGGGAGCUCACAUGGUACGACCCGGCGGCGGUGGCGGCCACGGGAUGUUCGGCCACCAUGGUGGCAAAUUCAAGAAAGGAAAGUUCAAGCAUGGCAAGUACGGCAAGCACAAGAAGUUUGGGCGCAAGUGGAAGUGAUAAGCAAACUAAAUUGCACUGCAGUUUGCCUCCGGUUUCUUGUUUGGUUGAAGUGCUAUAGCAUGAUGGGAUUAAGUGUCCAUUUACCAUAUAUAUAUAUAUAUAUUCAUCGAAAUAUAACCAUACGAGAUCUUAUUUUAAA